UUUAGAGGCAAGUGGAAACAUAACCAACCCUGUUACACUUGUAUGUUGACUUUGAGGUUUUAAGUUUUUGGCGGCGUUUCAGGUCCCGAAGUGAACAUAAUUGUACACUCACAAACUCCAUUAAAAACUAGGGCUAAGGGGCUGACGUUGCAAACUUCCCUUGCUUAGCUAAUCAUUUGGACCGACUACAAAUAUUGCCGCGGGGAUUCCCCCAAAGCAGGAGGCCGAGGGUAAGUGGACAAGAGUGUUUCUUUUAUGAGUUUGAAACACAGCCAAGCUAGCAAGCGCACACAUUUUCUUCUAGAAAUGUUCCUUUCUAGUUGUAAAUGGGCGUAAGGAACGCGAGAGUACUGUACUUGUGUUCCCGAAGGAAAUCCCGAAGGACUUCAAGUUGUUGAUCAACUAAAAUGACUUGUGGUUGUUUGUCAUCGUGAAGAAUACCGGAUCGUUGGAAAACAUUGAUAUUCCUGUAGCCUACUUUGUUACCCCUCCAAACGUGGAUGUGAGAUAUCUGACGCACAUCGAGCGCACAGGUUACCUAAUGGAGAUGGAUUUCCAAAGGCUGCUAUUGCGGGUGGAACAAGCCCUGAGCAGUGAAGAAGUACAAGCACUUGCAUUUCUUUGCAAAGAUCUACUUGAGAAAGACUGUAGCUCAGUGCCCACAGCAAGUAAACUCUUCUCUCUUCUGACGGAACAAGAACUGUUAACCCCCGAUCAGCUUUACUUGCUUGCUGAUCUACUAUGCACCAUCCAGCGCCACAGCUUGAUGCGAGAGCUUGGCCUCAACAACCAGCUUCCAACAACCAGUAGCCUCAUCUCUCCUUAUAGAAAGCUGCUGUAUGACUUGUCAGAGAACACCACUGAAGACGAGUUGAGAGAGAUUAAGUUCCUAUUGGUUAACAUACUCCCUCGUAGGAAACUGGAGGACAAUGUGACUACCUUGCAAGUAUUCCUGGAAAUGGAGAAAAUUGAUAUUUUGAGCGUUAUAAAACUAAACAUAGUUGAAAGUAUAUUUGGAAGUGUCUGCCCCAUGUUGAAAACAAGAAUCAACCAGUUUAAGACACGGCAGGGGCCAGUAAACCCAAAAACAGGGGUGGGAUUGCUAAGACCAAGGCCUUCUUCUGCAUGUCUUCCAGAAAACCAGGCUGUCUCCAUGCUUCCAAGGAGACCUGUGUCAUGUGGACUAUCAGUCGAACAACGUGGACAUUCUGACACGAUGUUCUUUCCCUCUUCGUACUUCUCUUCAGCUUCACAGUGUUCAACUCAGGUGUCCACUCUGAAUCCAGCUGACACCUCUCUGGAUGUUCGGAGGGUCUCAGAUACAGCGGAUGCAGUACUUUCACAUAGGCUGGGUCUCCUAAGUACCAGUGGGGACAACGAUGCUGCUCUCAGCCCAGAGAAUCACCAUGUUUCAUCCGUACCCUCAUGUGGACACAAUAAGAACUUUGACCCUGCAAAUCGUCAGACAGGAAACACCACAAAAGAGGAAGUGGGAGAAUAUGCCAUGACAGGACGAAAGAGAGGUUACUGUCUGAUAAUUAACAACUACAACUUCAAAAAUUCUCCAAAACUCCUAAACAAUAGAGAGGGAACACAGGUUGAUGAAAGCAGUUUGGUGAGUGUGUUUGAGUGGCUGGGCUUUGAAACGCAGAUUGAGCCAGACUGCAGCCGGGAGCAGUUACUGUCUCUAGUUGCGGAGCUCCGCAGCCGUGACCACAGCCAGAUGGACUGCCUGGUGUGCUGCGUUCUGAGCCACGGGCUGGAGGGAUGUGUUUAUGGGGUGGAUGGGCUGAAGGUCAGAGUCAGGGAGCUCACAGAGCCCUUCUCUGGACUGGAGUGCAGCUCACUGAGGGGAAAGCCCAAACUGUUCUUUAUCCAGGCCUGUCAGGGCAUCAAGGAACAACAGCCAGUGUUCAUCCAGUCCGAUUGCCCAGGCACUGAUGGCUUUACAACCACCAGCUCUAUCUGCACUGAUGCAGUGGUACCCAGAGACUCCAUUCCCUCUGAUGCUGACUUCCUUCUGGGCAUGGCCACCGUCCCUCACUUUGCCUCGUUCAGAGACAAGAGGCAGGGCACUUGGUUCAUCCAGUCAUUGUGCCAGAACCUCAUCAACUUGGUUUCCAGUGGGUAUGACUUGCUGUCCAUCCUGACCAAGGUGAACGAUGAUGUCAGCAGUAAGAGUGAUAACCAUGGCACCAGGAAGCAGAUGCCCCAGCCUGCAUACUCACUCAGGAAGAGGCUGGUCUUUCCCAUCCCAAAAGACCCUCCUCCGAGACUACACCUCCCAGACUACACCUCCCCGACUACGUGAGCCACAAAUAUUGGCUUGAGAGCACUAGAGCAGAGGAAUGGGGAAUGAGCAGAGGAUCAGGGAAUGAUUCAGACACUAUAUGUGUAGACUCAUCAACAAUAUAUACACCCUCUGGGAUCACUCAGGUAGAAGGUGCAGGUUUACACUUGUUUUAUACCUCGCUCUGUUUUAUUUACAGUACCAGUCAAAAGUUUGGACACACCAACUCAUUCCAGGGUUUUUUGUGUACUACAUGAUUCCAUAUCUGUUAUUUCAUAGUUUUGACGUCUUCACUGUCAUUCUACAAUGUGGAAAAUAGUACAAAUAAAGAAAAACCCUUGAAUGAGUAGGUGUGUCCAAACUUUUGACUGGUACUGUAUAUAUCUACAUUGUGACUUGCUACUUGUUCUUGUACUGAGGCUUAAUGUGAUUUUUCACCUUUGUGGUGCAGAUGGUACCAGAAGGGGCCAUUAGAACAUUAGGAGAGUUUUAAACCAUGUUUCACAAUUUUCAGGCAGAGGAAGGAGGAGUGGUAAUUCUGCCUAAUCUGACUGGCAUGUCAAAACAUGUCACUGCUGUCAGAGUGGCAAGUAAAGACAAAAUAACACACAUAGUAGUCAUCGCUCUACUCGGCUCUGCUCUGCUAUCAAUUUAGGUAGUCUUGUUUGUGCAAAGUUUAAAUCUCACAGAGACUCGUAAAUAUUGAGGAGCUGUUUAAUUUAACAUAACCUUUUUGGAAUGUUGGAGCUGGGGUUAAAUCCUACACAGAGCAUUAUUUUCACAAACCCUGGAAAUUGUUUGUUAUCUCUCCUUUUAUAUUCUUUGUAGCCUACUGGUUACUACAUGAUUCCAUAUAUGUUAUUUCAUAGUUUUGAUGUCUUCACUAUUAUUCUACAAUGUAGAAAAUAGUAAAAAAUAAAGAAAAACCCUUGAAUGAGUAGGUGUGUCCAAACCUUUGACAGGUACUGUAUAAAAAAAAAAAUGUAAUUCAGUAGAAAUAUAUCCAAAGAACUGUAAAUAGAAAAUUGUAGGAAAUGUUUUUAAUGCUGCAAUAUGAAACCUUUUGGCCAAAUUCACAUUAAAUUUGAGUUAUA